AUGGAGCGAGAGUUUGAAAAAUACACGAGCUGCGACGCUGCAGACGCCAUGGUAGCCGUCGGGGGCGCCAAUGAUGGAGGGGCAAUUCCAUUCGUGCAUCAGCAGUCAGGUCGGGCCGGUGCAACCAUUGCCGGGCCUGCGUAUACUGUCGAGUAUGCCCCGCAGAGCGAUCCUCGCCCGGCAGUUUCCGGUCAUUAUAUUGAUAGCGUGCCCGCCGGAGCAAUUGUGCUAAUUGCGACUGCUGCAGACUGCCAGCUUGACUAUGCACCCUACACUUCGCUGCGUAACUCGCUCUAUGGCGGGCUAAUGUCCACGAGAGCCAAGUACCUGGGGGCCGCGGGCACCGUGGUGCUCGGGCUAAUUAGGGACAUUGCUGAGCACCGCCGGCUAGACUACCCGGUUUACUCGUAUGGAUUGGGCUCUUGUGCCCCGAACAAGCUGGCCAAAGUGGUUGCAGUCAACGAACCUGUCGUCAUUGGCGACCGAACAGUGCGUCCGGGCGAUGUGGUGGUCGCCGACGAAAACGGCGUGGUCACUGUGCCUGCCGACAAGGCCAACGCCUGCCUGGACUAUAUGCCAUUGCGUGCAAAGGCCGACGAGCUCGCUGCCGAAGACAUUGCCGGCGGCAUCCCGGCGGCCACCGCCCAGAAGAACCGACGUCAGGGGCUUCCUAAAUAA